CAUAAACCCUGUGCAUCUUCACCCUUCCAAAAGCUCGAGGGUUCAUCAGUUGAUGGGUUAAACUUAAACCCCUUAAACCCCAUUAUCCACCUCCAAAAAUUCGAAACUCAGCCUCCGACACAAGCAACCCGGCACAAUGAUCCUUUAUCGCCCCAGCGCAGUUCUCCAUAUCUACAAGCUAUCACCUUCAUCGUUUCCGCCCAAAUUCCUCUCCCAAUUCAAACACUCCUACUCAUUUCUUUCCCAUUCUCCUUCACCUUCUUCUUCUUCUUUGUCGUCGUCGAUUCCAAUCCGCUGGUUUUUGCUAUCCAAACCUUGCAGCCGACAAUUCAGACCAUUUAGUUUGGCGGUUGCCACCGCCGUCAAGAACGGAACCGGAGGCGACACGUUCUUCACCGAGGAAAGCGUUUCGUGGACAUCCCUAGGCGUUUCGGAUAAGCUUUCUCGAGCUCUCUUCAAUGCCGGUUUUGGCCAGCCGUCUCUGGUUCAGGCGUCGUGUAUACCAUCUAUAUUUUCCGGAAAGGAUGCGGUUGUUGCUGCUGAAACCGGAAGUGGUAAAACACAUGGCUAUCUUGUCCCUCUAAUUGAUAGGCUGUGCAAUGCACAAGAUGAUUCGGAUAAUGUUGCUUCUGAUCAAGGAGUGUCCGCGCCCCGUAAGCUCUGUCUUGUUCUAUGUCCAAAUGUGACAUUGUGUGAGCAAGUUGUGCGCAUGGCCAAUGUCCUUUGCGGUGAUGAUGGUCAACCGCUUCUCACAGCGGCAGCUGUCUGUGGACGACAGGGGUGGCCGGUCAACAAGCCCGAUAUAAUAGUGACAACACCUGCUGCACUGCUAAAUAAUAUUGAGCCAAAUAAACGUCGUCGCCUGGUGUUUUUGCGUGGUGUGAAAUUUGUGGUGUUUGAUGAAGCUGACAUGCUUCUCUGCGGGGGCUUCCAAAAUAAAGUCAUUCGUCUAAUACACAUGCUACGCUAUGAUGAGAAACAAUUGUCUUGGUCAAAAGAAUCUGUACCUGAGUUGCAAACACAAGUGGAACUUGAAGCUUCAUCAGAGUUCAGUUUAGAGGAUGAUGAAGACUCAAAAGAUGAAAUCAUCUCAGAUGGGGAGGAAAGUUUUGAGAGUGUUGUUGAUGACGUAUGGGAGGAUAUUGAAACUGGACCUGCCAAAAGAACAGACUGGAGGAGAGCAAGGAAGGAUUAUGAACGUAGUAAACAGUACAUUUUCGUUGCAGCCACUCUUCCUCUCAAUGGAAAGAAAACUGCCGGUGGAGUAUUGAAAAACAUGUUUCCAAAUGCCAAUUGGGUUAGUGGGAACUACCUGCAUCGUCACAACCCCAGACUAAAGCAGAGAUGGGUAGAAGUUUCAGUUGAUACUCAAGUGGAUGAACUAAUUAAAGCUGUAAAUGGAGGUUCUAGAUCUAAUUCAGUGGAUUUAGGCCGAACAAUUGUGUUUGCAAACACUGUUGAGGCUGUUGAAGCUGUGGCAAAGAUACUGUUGAGAGCUGGAAUUGAAUGUUACCGCUACCAUAAAGAUUUUUCCUUGGAGGAACGCGCAAAGACAUUAGAUGAUUUCCAAGAAAAAGGUGGUGUUCUUGUGUGUACUGAUGCUGCUGCCCGUGGUGUUGACAUUCCUAAUAUCUUGCAUGUUAUUCAGGCAGAUUUUGCUACUUCUGCGGUAGACUUUUUGCACAGGGUUGGUCGCACAGCUAGAGCCGGUCAAUAUGGACUCGUCACUAGCUUCUAUACCGAGUCUAAUCGGGAUCUGGUUGCUGCUGUCCGUCAAGCAGGGGAGCUUGGUCAGUCUGUGGAGACGGCAUUUAGCAGGAAAAGAGGCUUCCGAAAUAGACUUAAGAAGAGAGCAGGCUCCAGAAAGGCUGCAGAUACAUCAACUGUUGAAGAAAGUGUUCUUUCAUAUUAAUUAAGCUGCGAGUAACUUCACCUGCAAAGAAGCAUCUAGAGAUUUUAAAAUCUUGAUCACAUCUAUCAUAAUCUGUUCACACGGCCCCGAUUACGAGUCACUCUCUCUUCACACAUCGUCUUUGAUCUGCGCCGGGUUCGCGUAUCUCAUAGCUACACAUCUAGAGACUGAUUUUGACCCACACAUUCAUCGUGGCUACACCUUCUCCGCAAUAGACAGGCAAAAUUUUCGACGUAUAGGCUAUACAUGAUUUAAUUUCUAAAAUUGUGGUAAUAACAAUUUUAGGUGGUGCAACUUAUGCAUUAUUGUAUUUCUUUGGUGGGGUUCGAGUUAGACGUCAAUGGCACUUUUUAGCAAACAAACGGGUAAACAUGCCCAUACAUUUCAUUCGCUUCACGGCCUAUGUUUAAGAUCUCCAUGAUAUUUAGAAGUGUUCCAUAACAACUAGGGUCCCUUAUUACUGUUUGUAAUGUUGUUUUCAUGGUAUAAAAAGGUCGAUUUACUAUU